AUUUUUCGCGCGCUCCCAUUUCUACUUUUUAGAAGAACCUGCAGAUGGCGCGUGAAGUUGGAAGUUGACAAAUAAUGAGCCAUGAGCCGGGCCGAAAAUCCAAAACAAAGCAAAAAAGUCUCAAAGAAAUUUUAGUCAAAUUAAGACGCAAUAUUUUGUGUUGACCAUAGAGAGGAAUGUGAGAGUUUACAAAAUUAAUUUGCUGACAAAGAACGUUUAGAAAUUUUACCUAGCCCAUAUCGUCCAUCAACUGAUCAUGGCAACCAACGACGAGCGAAACUUUCGAAGUUCCUACUACGAGAAAGUGGGAUUUCGCAGCGUCGAGGAGAAAAAGUCACUGGAGAUUCUUCUGAAGGAAAAGAGUCUGGACAAAGCAAAGCUAAAUCACUUCUGCCUGAGGUUCCCAGUACCUGGCAUCCAUCGUAGCUAUCUUUGGAAGCUACUUCUGGGAGUCCUGCCUUUGCAAGUGGCCUGCCACGAGUAUGUGUGGUCCUGCAGAGAACAGUCCUUCAAUGACCUGGCAAGGAUGAUGAGGGUGCUCAAGCUGGAAACUCAGUCAGCUCCUCAUAACUUAGUGAUUAUGUGGCUCUUGGAAACUGGAGGAGUUCCGACCGGAUGCAAAGAACCGCUUAAGAACAACCCUAUCAACGAGAACUUUGCCACUCUGGCAUCCAUGAUGAUGGAGUUCUUCGACAACGACGUUGAGGUCUACUGGGUUUCAAAGGGUUUCUUCAACUUCCUCACAAGACUUGCAAUCGAAAUGCCAAAACUGACUGAAUGCACCCACAGCUUUCUAGAGAAGGAAGACUCUGAGCUCUACAACUAUAUGCUGGACAAAGAACUGCUCCAAAAUUUGCCUCUCUUUGACUGGUUUACCUCCAUGUUUGCUGUUGUUCUCAAUGAAUCUUCACUUUGCAAGGUUUGGGACAAAAUGGUUGGCGGCUCCUACAAGAUUUUGAUCUUCGUUGCCGUCUCUUUGUGUGUUAGCCUGAAAAAAUCCAUCAUGUCCUGUGACACUUCAAACAAUCUGAACAAAAUAUUUGAGAAUGUGACUGAAGAGUUUAGUGAAUUAGUGGUGAACAAAGGCCUGGACCUGUGGCAGCAGCAGAGCAACCUGAUCAACAUUGGCCUGGAGUUCAGUGUCAAACAUAACCCCACUGCCUUAUGGGCUGCUCAGCAGGUCUACUCAAUGCCAAAUCUCUCCGUUGUUGGUCAGAACACAUCAGGUUUCUUAGAACGGCCUUUCACCAUGCCAGAUCUCAGUCUUCACAAUGAAAAAAGCCAAAGUCACUCAGAUCACAAGUUGAAACUUGACUUUUCCGUGUUCAGUGAGACAGAUGCAGCAGCUUACAGCCCAGAAGCCCCAGCAAAGCACCACACGAGCGGAGACGGGGACAGAGUGGCCUCUCCGAUAGAACAAAACAACCAAGUCUUCCUCCGCCACAUUGAUGAGAUGACAAGGGUGCUGAAUGAGAUGCGGCAGACUACCUACUUCUCCGGCACUCUUCAAAGGAGGCCCAGCAAUGACUAUGAUGAGCCCUGGAUGCAAAAGCCUGAAAGAUCUGUUCAGUUUGAAAACGAGUCUGCAAUUGAUAAGGAUACAGUUGUGGUUGAUGGUUUUGUGGAGACUGAAAUGCCAAGCAGAGAUUUGAUGUUCAGACUGCUCAUUGUCAUUGGGGUCAAUGGCCUGUUUGCCGUCAUCAUCCUUGUGGUUUGUUUCAUGAUUUAAUUUUGUUUCUUGACCUAGAUAAAUUUUGCUGUUGUUGUUAAUUGAACAAUUAAUGCUAAAGUUGAUGCUGAGGCUGAGAGACCUAAAAUAUUCUUAUUAUUUCUAGAUGAUUUAUGAGAAAUCAAAAUAAUAAUUGCAAACGUGAUGUAAGAAUUUAGAAUGAGCGAGAAUUUAAUCUGAAAAUGAUAAUUGAUUUCAGUUGAGAGCACUACAUGCAAAUCUUAUCUAGUAAAAAAAGAGCUCGCAUUGACAAUAUUGAUGUGAAAUUUAAGUCUGACUUGAUAUCAACUGAUAACUGAUUAUAUACAAUACCAUGUGAUUAUUGUAUGCCAUCAAUCUCAAAAUGAGAUUUUAAAUUUAUUCUGAGUCUAAAAAAAUAUUUAAAAAUUAUUUAAUAACAAAAAGAUUCGAAUUAAAAUUGGGAAAAAAAUCCAACAUUUUUUAAGCUGUGG